AAGAGGGAGGGAGAGAGAGAGUAAGAGGGAGGGAGAGAGAGAGUAGGAGAGAGGGAGAGAGAGAGAGACCUCGGUGCAGAGAGGGCUGAGUGAGUGAUCAGACUGAGGCUGUGGGGCAGUGAGUGCUCUGGCUCAGCAGGUCUGGAGGAGCCCAGCUCUGUGGUUUCUCUGUUCCUGCCGGUUUCAGUCUGACUGUGUUUGGGCGUAGAGUGAAUACCGAAGAAGAGGAGAACAAAAGUGGACUUUCCUUUGAAGCUCAGCCAAAAGGAGACCCAUAAAAGUCUUGGCGUUCUCUCUGGAGGGGAGGAGUGUGAUUUUUCUGGAAGUUUCGGCCCACCGGCUCCAUCACCAUGGCGGACAGCGUGAUAGAGGAGUCUGAUUACCUGCCGGGAAAAGACGAGCUGGACUGGGGCUACGAGGAAGGUGCAGAGUGGGGGCUGCUGUUUCCCGAGGCUAACGGAGAGAACCAGUCCCCCAUUAACCUGAACUCCAGAGAGGCCCAGUAUGACCCCCGCCUGCUGGAGGUCGGCCUGAACCCCAACUAUGUGGUCUGCAGGGACUGUGAGGUCAUAAAUGAUGGACACACUGUCAGGAUCAUGCUCAAAUCCAAAUCAGUGGUGACUGGCGGCCCCCUCCCGAGUGACCAUGAGUACGAGCUGCAUGAGGUGCGUUUCCACUGGGGCAAGGAGAACCAGCGGGGGUCCGAACACACCGUCAACUUCAAGGCCUUCCCCAUGGAGCUGCAUCUGAUUCACUGGAACAGUACGCUGUUUAACAGUGUGGAGGAAGCCAUGGGGAAGAGGAACGGCAUCCUCAUCAUCGCUCUCUUCGUACAGGUUGGGAAGGAACAUCUGGGGCUGAAGGCUAUUACAGAUGUGCUGCAGGAUCUGCAAUACAAAGGAAAGACAAAAAUAAUACCGUGUUUCAAUCCUAACACGUUACUCCCUGAUCCGUUAUUAAGAGAUUACUGGGUGUAUGAAGGCUCUUUAACUACACCUCCCUGCAGCGAGAACGUCAUAUGGAUCCUCUACCGCUACCCUCUCACCAUCUCUCAGAUGCAGAUUGAAGAGUUUCGGAGGCUCAGGUCACAUGUUAAAGGGGCGGAGCUUUCUGAAGGUAAUGAUGGGAUGCUAGGGGACAACUUCCGCCCAACACAGCCCCUCAGUGACCGGGUGGUCAGGGCAGCUUUCCAGUAGACCCCCAACACCAGGACCCACCAUUAUCCUCCAACGCAUGAGAAGCAAAGCGGGAUGAAGGAUUCGGAGCGUCCUCACUGAGGCCUGGUUGAUGUAAAUGUGGAACUCAGACAGCUCCUGCUUUCAACUUAACAGCGCGAGAUACAGCAGCACUGGGUCCAAAUCAGCCAGCAGGACGAGCGGAAGAGAAACCCAGUAACAUCUAACUAACAUCUCACAGUUCCAGAUUAAUAUAGUCGUGCAGGAGCCUGCUCUGAAUGAGGCUCGGGCUGUGGAUAGCAUUGGUAGGUUAUGUUAGUAAUAGUAAGUUUUUUGUUCAGAUUCCUUUUGUUUCAUCUUGUUUUGCGUUUUCUAAGCCAUCUCAUAUGAAUAGUAUGAAUUCUGUGAGGCAGAUAUGUAGCAGUCAUACCCAAAUGAGCAAAGAAACAUGCUGGAUGAUGAAGAUUUUGUUUAGAACUGGAAGAUGAAGGAUAAUUUUAGGACACUUUAGUUAAUGAAGUAAUGAACAAACUCAUAUGCAGUAAGAGUAGCAUGUGCAUAAUCACACCACUGUGGCUUUACUGCACCAUCAUCAUGUAUUACAGAGAGAUUAUAUGAUUUAAUGUUUAAUGUAAUGAAUAAAAACAGUUUUUACCUCAA